ACCGCUCCGCUGCUGCUCCCUCCCUCGGCUSUCUUCCUGCCGCCUCUGCUCCCCGGUGACCGAGGGCGAUGGACGCCGGCUGUCUGCGGGCCCGCAGCCUGCUGCUCUUCCUCGGUUACCUAUUGCAAGCAGUCCUGRGCACAACAGUGAUCCCAUUAUGUGGGCCUGGUGAAAUGGAGAACUGCACAACAGCACUCAUCCAGACAGAGAACAGCCCRCGUGUGGCCCAAGUUGGAAUAACGAGAUGCAAGCCUGAAAUGAAGGACUACUGCUUCCAUGGGCAGUGUGUGUACAUCGUGGACUUGGAUGAGCACUACUGCAGGUGUGACGUGGGCUUCUCGGGAGUGCGGUGUGUGCACUCGGAGCUGGUGCGGCAGCCCCUCAGCAAGGAGUACGUGGCACUGACCGUCAUCGUGGUGCUGCUCUUUGUCGCCGCCAUCUCUCUGGCCAGCUAUUACAUCUGCAGGAGGUACCGAAACAAGAGGAGACAAACAAAUGCCAGUGAAUACAAGGAAGUUGGUGCCCUAUAGGAGAAGCUGUGGCUUYCUGCAGUUCAUCUGGAUGGACUCAGUGGCUUCCCAUCUAUUUAAACGUUAUUUUUAUUAAUAAUAUUUACAAUAUUUAUAACCUUUUAAAAAUUUCAAUUGUUUGGUGAUUCACUCAGCAUAGGUCAAGCAUUUUAUUUUCAGUUCAGUGUUUUAUUUUUUUAUUGAAUAAUAUUUCCUAAAGGGAACCCCACUGCAGCGGUUCUUUGGGAUAGAGAUAUAUUUUUAUAAAAACUCAUCUUCUUGCUCUGGAGAGAAGAAUUUUAUAUUUAUUCUUGUGAAUAUGCACAAAGCAACUGUAUUCCUUGAAAUAAAAGUUCUAGACAAA